AGGUUCACCUCACUCACAGUCAGGGUCAUUGCUUUCCAGGCACAAGGAAUUUGGUACAUGAGCAACUAAACUGCUUCCCUUCCACAUCAGUUGCCUUGCCGCUUCCGCAUAUUCUACUUUCAGGAUCACAGCUCCUGAAUUUUAGUUUCCGAAGUGUGACCAUGGCUUGCGCUGCGUCGACUUCCGCGCUCUCGUGCACCGCCGCGGCUGCAUUGACGGCCCACGCCAGCCCGUCACGAACUGCCGCGACGCUCAGCUGCAAGAGCGCCUUCAGCGGCAGCCUACGCCUGACCAGCCGGUCGCGGACUGCGAGGCCUCACUCCCAGCGCCGGGUUGCAGUGGUGUCGCCGCGAGCCGUGGACAUUCUGACGUGGGAGGAGGCGAAGGAGGCAGUGGACAAGGACGGGUACACCAUCGUGGAUAUCCGUGACGUCACGCAGUACGAGCGGGCCAGAAUUCCAGGCAGCGUUCACAUUCCCGCGUUUAUCCUGAACACCGACAACGACAUUGGCACGAUCGUCCGGCGCAUCGCUCACACGAGCAUGCCCGGCAAUCUGUACGGCCUAGCGUUCACGAAGCCCAACCCGGACUUCAUCUCCACCAUCCGUUCCAAGUUCCCCACGCCGGACUCCAAGAUCCUCUUCGUCUGCCAAGAAGGCCUCCGCUCCACCUCCGUGGCCGCUGACCUGGAGAGGCUCGGAUUCACCAACGUGGUCGUCACAGCAGGCCUCAACAAGCUGCGGCCUGGGUUGUUCCCCAAGGAGGGUGAGAGGGAACUUCAAAACGCAGGCAAGGGAGGUUUCGUGGCCAUCCAGAAGGAGUUCUCCAUCAUCCUCGGCUCCAUCCUCAUCUCCGCCAUUCUCUUCCUCAAGUUCUUCCCUGAGCAAGCUGAGGUCAUCUUUGGAAACCUUUAGAGCGCUGAACUAUCCCUCUGUCAUAUAAUGUUAUAGGUACCACUGCAAAGUUCAGUGUUCAUACAGUGAAAGUUUAAAGCUGAUGCUGCUAGUACUACAACUCGAGUCCAUCUCAUGCUAUGGGCCAACUGCACAAUGCAGUUCGCCAUGUUUAACCAAGAC